UUUUAGUUUUCAGUGUCAGUAUAGACUGAUUGUUAUUAUAUGGUGAAUUUGUUGGCAAAUGAGUUAAUUAUAAUUCAUCUAUUCAUCUGACUGUACUGCUUCAAGAUGGUAGAUAACGAAGCUACCCGAAUGAAUCUUGCUGCUUUGCGCAAAGUUGAUUCUUCCAUAUCAUCUAUUGUUGAUAAUGCUAAUCAAGUUGCUUUAUAUAAAUAUAUAUCCGAAGGUAGUAAGUGGGAAAAGACUGAUAUUGAGGGUACACUCUUUGUGUAUAUGAGGUCUCAAAAACCCCAACAUGGUUUUAUGGUUAUGAAUAGGUUGAGUACAACCAAUUUAGUUGAACCCAUUACUGAGAGAUUAGAUUUUCAAGAUCAAACUCCAUUUCUUUUGUAUCGAAAUGGAAAAGGUCAUAUUUAUGGAAUAUGGUUUUAUGAAAAAGAGAAUUGUAUGAAAAUUUUUAAACUUCUUACGAGCUUAUCACAGUUACAUGUUUGGAAAUCUAACAAAUCAUCAGACAUGAGGCAACGAUCAUUUUCAGAAAGUAACAGGAAACAUCACAAACAGAACAAUGUGCAAACAGAUAUCAUAUCUCUUUUGACUCGUGCUCAAAAUGAGUAUGAUAAGAAAUCAUCUCAGGCUAAAGGGUCAACACCUAAGUCUUCGAAAAGCAGCCAACAUAAUCUAAAUGGUGAUAUUGUGAAACCGAAACCAGUUCGAGUAAAUGGUGCUGUGACAGACUCGAAUGAUGUGAAGCCAAUCACUCUGGGAAUGCUAUUCGCUCAGGCUGCAGGAAUCGAAGAAAAGAAUUCUGCAAACUUAAAGAAUACCAACUCUCGGGACAGGUCUUUUACUGUUAACAAUGUGAAUCAGUUGGCAUCUGGUCAAAAUGCUGAAACUAUUUUACAGAAUUUGUUGUCCAAUUCUGCUCAUACACUUCAGCAUAUAGAGCCGCUGCAACAGAAAAAAAAGACUAAAAGUGAUUCUCCAAAACCGAGAGCAGUAUCUGCGGAAGAACCUGUAGUUUCUGUUGAAACACUGGAGAAGGACUUAAAAGAGAAACUCAAUAUUAUGCCUAAAAGUGACUCUUAUAUGAAUGAUAGUUCAAAAGCUGCUUCUUCUGGUGACCAUAGUAAAAGUGAUCCUAUUGAUAUACCAAUACUUACACCGGCCAUGUUGGAAUCUUCAUUCUCAUCUGUCCCAGCUCUGUCUAGCUCAUUUAUGGAAAAUUGUGAAAGAAGCUUAUAUAAUGAUGCUUCACUUCCUGUUGUUAAUGAAUCAAAAUCAUACUCUCCUAAUCAGUUGUUGUCACCCAUGGAUUUCACCAUUCCUUGCCCCAAAAAGAAAGCUCAUCAAUCGUCCAUCCUCCCUUCUUCGUAUUCUCCUGAACUUGGGUCAACUUUUAUUAAUGACUCUCAAAACUAUGGUAAUGGUAAUGAUCACAAAGAUUUGCUUCAUCCUCAAACUUUGCUUAAUGGCAUUACUCCAAAUAUGCCACCCAUCCCAAAGGCAUCAGUGACUCCUCUGAACAGAGAUCAGCUCAGAGAGGCAUUGAUUUAUAUGCUGCAGAAUGAUGAAGAUUUUGUCGUGCAAAUACAUGAAUGUUAUGUUCAGAGGUUAAAGAGUCAAUUGAAUUUUCUAAACACUAGCUGACAAAAUCAAGGAGCUCUGCGUCAAUUGUGAUCUGUUGUACAUGAGAAGUGAAAAGAUGCCUGUGAAAAUAAUUUGUUCCUAAAGAAUAUUUUUUACUUGUUGAUUUUUUUUUUCAUGUAUUUUCUCUGAAUUGAAGGAUUUCACUUUUAUCUGAAUAUCUUUUUGUUUAUUUUUUUCUAAAAAAAAUAUAGAUGUAUAUAUUAGAAUGUUUUUCAUUUGAUUUUUUUUUCUUUUUAUUGAAUCAUCUUAAAUUAUGUUAAAUGCAAAUUGGAUUAUUUUGCAUUAAUUAAUGGUUGUUAUCUCGCAUUUAUCUUUUUUUCGCAAAUUUUUGCACGUUAAUAGCAUUUCUUUCUUUAAAAAUGAUGGAAAUAUGUAGUAUUGAACACGUUACGUAUUUCUUAUCGUUGUUAGUUUUGAGAAAGCAAAUUCUGUUCCUUUCAAAUAUGUACAAUAGCUUACUCAUUCAUCAGAGUAUGUAUGUCUCACAAACUGUCCAUUUAAAUUUUACUGACAAAGUGCAUUUAUUCCACUGCAUAAAAAUUUUAAUUUUUGCAUAGUAAAUGUUUUUUUUUUUUUUAAUUUCAACUCUUAAUUUGCAUAGUCAUGUUUUUUCUUUGUAACUGUUAUUUUUCAACGGUUACUGUGUGAUAUACAUUGAGAUGUAUUUCGAGUGCAUGGUUUUAAAUGUGUUGCCCGAAUUACUUUUUAAAGUUUUAUAAACUUGAUUGGAAUUAAUUUAAUCUUUUAAUAAUGUACAUUGUUACAGAAUUUUAUGUCCUACCAUGUUAUUUUCCCAUCCUUUAUUUGGAAGUGAUGGUUUUAUGAUACACAAAAGUAUUCUUUUGUGAGAAUGAUUGUUCUGUAAUAAUUUAAAAUUUAAAUUUUAUAUUGUACAAUCAUUUUAGUUUUAACAAUAUUGUACACUUUAUUAGAAAAAUAAGUAAUGCAAAAUAAAUUUAGUAUUUUGCACUGUUGAGUUCUUGCAAAAGAAAAAGGGCUUUAUGGCUUUAAAAAUUCUACAUUCUUCAAGUUUUUAGCAUUAGCUUAAGUUUUUUUCCCUUUCAAAAGAUGGAAAUAAUUAGAGUUGGUUUAAAUUUCUUACCCUUGGAAGGACUUUCGCCCAUUGUGUGAUUUUCCAUACGUGUUUUCCUGGACUAUAUGUUUUGACAUUUGUGCUACUAACUGCAAUAAUAUUUUGAUGAAAGGUAAAGAAAUUAUUUCCCCUAGAAAAUGAUUUCCCUGUCUAUUGAUCAUAAAAAGUUUUUGACAAAUAAAAGCUAAAAAUGUGUGUUGUGAUAACUGAUUUCACUCAAAUAUGGCUUAGAUUAAACUUGUAAAAAAAUUUCAAAAUUGAUUUCUUUAAUUUUAUUCUGUGAAUUUUUUUUCAUGAAAUUCUCCACUUUCUGUGACUACAUUUGCGGAAACUCGACUUUUUCUGGCAUUCCCCACUUUCAUGCUUCAUUAAAGAAUAGGUAAUAUUUUUGAAUUUUAGAUCUUCCAAUUUAAAAUUCGUUGUUAAUGCAAAAAUUUCAAAAACACAGUAUUGAUCAUAAUAUGAAGAAAUGAACUAAAAAAUAUUAUAAUGUAUUCGUUAG